UUUGGAAAAUAUUUCAGCAAAGUUAAAUGCUUUCCAAUUGAAAUUAGUCGAAAAAAAACUUCAUUUGGUACUUGUUGUUUGCAAACAGAAAAUCAAUUACAAGUAAUCAUGAAAACGGCAAUAAUAUUAUUGGUAGUGAUUGUGUUGUGUAAUUGCGAAACUUCGCAUAAUGUAGAAAAAGCAUUUGAAGAUGCUGGAAUUGUGCCAGAUUCGUUGAGUAUUGCACCGACAAAGGCUGUAAACGUUUCAUAUCCCAGUGGUGCCACUGUAAAUUUUGGUAAUGUACUAACACCAACUCAAGUUAAAGAAAAGUCAACAGUAAAAUGGAAUGCAGAAAAAGAUGCAUACUAUUCAGUAUUAAUGGUCGAUCCUGAUGCACCUUCACGCCAAAAUCCGAAAAAUCGCGAGUUCCGUCAUUGGCUCGUAGUGAAUAUUCCAGGAAAUAAAGUUGAAGAAGGGGACGAAGUGAUUGAAUUUAUUGGAUCGGGAACACCACAUCGGACUGGCCUUCAUCGUUACAUAUACUUGGUAUACAAACAGCCUGAUGGAUUUAUUAACCACGCAGAACCACGGUCAAGCAAUAGGAGUGCUGCGAACCGAGCAAAGACCUCAGUAUCAGAAUUUGCACAGAAAUACAGUUUCGGUAAUCCAGAAUUUGGAAAUUUCUAUGAAGCUCAAUACGAUGAAUAUGUUGAUGAACUCCACGCACAAUUGCAAGGAUAA